AUGGUUGCUACAUUAGGACGUGACGAUCCAGCUUUAUCAACAGUGUACAAGUGGGCUGCUGAAUUUCGGAGGGGAAGGGAGAGUCUUGAAGAUGACCCAAGGUCUGACCAUCAUGCAACUGUCACCACCGAGGAAAACGUUGAUCGUGUGCACCGCAUGGAUGACAGGCAGUUGACUAUAAAUCGAACAGCCAAUGCUAUUAGCAUAUAUCGUGUGAGACUUGAGAAUAUUCUGCACAAUGAACUUGACAUGAUGAGUUUUGCUUGGUGGGAUCCACGUCUUCUGAUACCUGAUCAAAAGCGCACGAGGAUGAUCACAUCACAAGAAAAUCUGAAAUUUGACUGA